GAUAUUUAAGGCUUACACGCAGAGAGCUGCAGAUACAGUCGGGUAGUAGUUCCUUCAGUCUAAGACUGGUGUUUGUUUUGGGAAGGUCAUUACCGUUCUUUCCCUAGCUACCUUCUCCUUUUUGCUACCCUGAUUUUAUUUGACUUCUUUUGCAUCCUCCCCCACUACCCCCCUCUUCACUUUUUUUUCCUCUUCUUUUUUGCUUUGAGCUGAAUCAGCUUAGGAAAACACACAGCCCAGCGUGUGUUAAAAACAACCAAAAAGCUAAUUAUUAAUAAAAAUUGGGAAAAAGUCUCGCAACAGGUCGGACUGGUCAAUAUCGGAUGCGAGCUAAAGCCGGGUCUCUUUUGGGCAAUCCUUGCUCCCCAGGCGCAGGGACUCCUGCAGUCCUUGGUGGCCAUCUACGCUGCUGGCCACUCUCGGGAUAUUGUGGCCAAAGGGUGCUUAGAGUGGAUCAAGAAGUCCUGUGAGACUUGGUGUCCUUUAGAAUUUUUCUUCCCACCACAGCCCUCUCCUGCCGGGGCUGAGGGUGCUUUUGGCUCAUUCCUGGGUGGGGUGAGCUAGGAAAAGGAUGCAGUUUCUGGGCUCUGAGACAAUCUGAGCUGAGGACCAUUUAUUCUCCUCGCCCCACCUCUGUGGUUCAGCAAACUAGCACUGCAAACUCGAUCUGAACUUUGGUGGAACCCAUCCUUUCCCUUUGCAUUUUAUUUUUGUUCUUUUAUUUUCAAAUUACUCGUGAAGGCCGGAGUGAAAAAUCAGACAAGACAAAAAUCCCCACCAUCAUGCUGGGGAAGAACCAAGUAGUGAAGGGAGAACAUGAUGGGGCCGAAAAAUCCAGCUCCUCUCCGGGACAGCGCUGCCUCAGGAUUGUAGCCCCCUGCUCCCUACUGCCAAUUGUGCUGUCCUUGAUGUGUAUGAUUGCCUGCCUGUACCUGGGGGUGAAAACCAACGACCUACAAGCAAGGAUUUCGGCCAUCGAGGCAACCAAAGGGGAACUUCCUUAUCAGCAUCUGCCGGCUUCAUUGGACCAAAUGGAAGCAGUGAUGCAAGAAAAAAUAGAACGACUUCUGUCUCAGAGAUCCUAUGAGCAUUUGGCUAAAGUAAGAAUCGCCAGAGAAUCACCUCUAGAGUGUAACUGUCCAGCAGGACCUCCUGGGAAACGUGGUAAAAGGGGCAGAAGAGGAGAAUCUGGUCCUCCUGGUCAGCCAGGUCCACAGGGCCCUCCUGGUCCCAAAGGUGACAAGGGAGAUCAAGGGGAUCAGGGCCCUCGGAUGGUGUUUCCUAAAAUCAAUCAUGGGUUUCUCUCUGCUGAUCAGCAGCUCAUUAAACGCCGCCUCAUUAAGGGUGACCAAGGACAAGCUGGGCCUCCUGGACCUCCUGGCCCACCAGGACCCAGAGGGCCUCCUGGGGACACAGGGAAAGAUGGUCCCCGGGGGAUGCCAGGAGUACCUGGUGAACCAGGAAAACCAGGAGAACAAGGCUUAAUGGGACCUCAAGGGCCUCCAGGACAAAAGGGUUCUAUUGGAGCACCUGGAACUCCAGGAAUGGAUGGGAAAAUGGGUGAACCUGGCUUACCUGGAACAGUGGGGCAGAAUGGAACACCUGGGCUUAAGGGCGAUGCUGGAGAGCGAGGAGAAAAGGGAGAUGCUGGAGAGAGUGGACCCAAAGGUGACAUGGGUGAAAAGGGUGAUCCUGGAUCUUCUGCUGCAGGAAUUAAGGGAGAACCUGGAGAAUCUGGUCAUCCAGGACAAAAGGGUGAACCAGGGCUGCCUGGGCUGCCUGGACUUCCGGGGAUAAAGGGAGAACCAGGUUUCAUUGGUCCACAGGGAGAACCAGGGUUACCAGGGUUACCUGGAACAAAGGGUGAACGUGGAGAGGCUGGAUCUCCUGGGAGAGGUGAGCGAGGUGAACCUGGAGUUCCUGGACCAAAGGGGAAACAAGGUGAAUCAGGAGUUAGAGGUCCCAAAGGGUCAAAGGGUGAUCGUGGAGACAAAGGUGACUCUGGAGCUCUGGGACCAAGAGGUCCUCCUGGGCAAAAGGGAGAUCCAGGAGCAACAGAAAUCAUAGACUACAAUGGCAAUAUUCAUGAGGCCUUGCAGAGGAUUACCACCUUAACUGUCACGGGACCCCCAGGACCUCCUGGACCACAAGGAUUACAGGGACCAAAGGGUGAGCCAGGAUCUCCAGGAACACCAGGAGUUGAUGGUGAACAGGGUCCUAAAGGUUCAAAGGGCGACAUGGGAGAUUCAGGUCAGCCAGGUGAAAAGGGAGGAAUUGGACUUCCUGGAUUACCAGGUGCCAAUGGCAUGAAAGGAGAAAAAGGAGAUUCUGGUUUACCGGGUCCUCAGGGGCCUUCUAUCAUCGGCCCACCAGGCCCACCCGGCCCCCAUGGUCCACCAGGUCCAAUGGGACCCCAUGGACUUCCUGGGCCAAAGGGUGAACCAGGGUUAAAUGGUCUUAAAGGAUUGAAAGGUGAACCAGGUCAAAAGGGUGACAGAGGACCCCUUGGUCUUCCAGGAGCCUCUGGCUUAGACGGAAAGCCAGGAUCCCGGGGUACAGAUGGCCCUAUUGGACCCCAUGGACCUGCAGGUCCUAAAGGAGAAAGAGGUGAAAAGGGAGCUGUUGGAGAGCCUGGACCCAGAGGAACUUAUGGUUUGCCUGGGAAGGAUGGAGAACCUGGUCUUGAUGGUUUUCCUGGUCCUCGAGGAGAGAAGGGUGAUUUAGGAGAGAAAGGAGAAAAGGGAUUCCGUGGAGUUAAGGGGGAAAAAGGGGAGCCAGGUCAGCCUGGCCUGGAUGGGCUGGAUGCCCCUUGCCAAUUGGGGCCGGAUGGAUUACCAAUGCCUGGGUGCUGGCAAAAGUGAUGAAUCUAACCUUACAAGCAUGAAGUUGUAUAUAUAAUGCUCUACAUUUUGUAUUUAUGGUUGAAAAAAUGAAAUAUAGAUUUUACAAGCCUGAAAUAUGUUUACAGGUAGUUGCUUCUACCUGUUUGAAUUGGUCCAUGUGUACAUUUUUUCUUCACUUACAUUUGAAGUUAGGCAGUACAGGAAACCAUGUGGAAAGAAACAUGAAAACACAUAGACUGAGAGCUCUCUGGUAUAACGACACGUAGCCAUGUGGAAAUAGCAGGGAUAGAGAGUAAGCCUGCCAUGAUUUUCCCUUCCACUGGACUGCCAUGGAUACUAUCUUCCAUGAACUAGUAGUUUACAUGAAAUUGUGACCAAAUAUGGACUAACAGCUAUGAAAUGUAUGGUACUGACUGAUUGAUUGUAUGUAGAGCUGAGUAUCUUCUCAUCCACAUUCACCUUGGCCACCAUUGUUGACCUACACUCGCCCCCACCAACCUGUUGAGAUAAACUAAAAGAGCAUGAAGUGUGUGCCCAGCCUGCUUGUCUGAUGCUAACCCAUUGCUUGCUAACAUCUUUGAUCCCGGUCACUGAACUUUUUUCUUCCUUUUAUUAUUCACAAGGGGGUUACACCGUGGCUUAUUGCCAAAAAGAGAUAAGUUCGUGGAGCAAGAACAACAAAAGGUCUUAUAUUUUGAGGGAGCUGCAGUUCUGACUGCAGAGUGACAGCAUCCAGUUUUGUGGGGUCCCAUAGGCCACCUUGAUAAAAAAAAAAUACAAGGUAUCAUGCCUGCUGCCCACCAACGGUUUUCCUUGUACCACUCCUGGCAGUGAAGAUGUGUAAGGUGGACAAGUUAAACAUCAUAUGCUGUUUCUUAUGUGACUGAGUAGGGAAGAGGUUUACAAAAGCAAACACCCAGAGGAAAACAAAAUAGUUUUUAAUUUAAAAAAAUUUCACAACUGAAAAUAUGGGUGUUUGGGAAAGAUGACAGAGAUGGCCAGUGGUUUGUCUGAAGCUGAAGAUAUUUGAAUCAACAAAUCUUCUCUUUGAGGAAUGAGACAACUGGUGAUUACCAUUUGACAAAAUUGAGUUGCUAAAGAAAGAACAUGCCUUGAAGAAGAGAAGUGAAAAUCGUAUACUCUCCUACAGAGUAAAAUGGCCAAGCUCAUCUGGAUAGUCCAUGUCUCAAUGUGACUUGACAGUGUAUUUUUUGAAAAACAAUUCAUGUUUAAUAUUUUCUGCAGAGUUUUAAAAACUGACAAUAUUUUCAUUUCUUUUGUUUUUUUUUCUUUUGACCAUCAUUUUUUCUUUGUACACUUACCCCCCUCCCAAAUAUUUUUGUUUCCAUUUUCUUUUACAUUUGUUGUGACCAAUUUUGAAGCACUAGAAGUUCUUCAAAUCAUGUGAGCCCAUUUCUAAAAACAUUACUUUUUUUUAAACCUUUAAAUAUUCUCAUACUCAAAAAAUAGACACUCUCUCCUCUCCAGCACUAUGACACUGUUGAUCUGUCAUAUCUAUCUAUUCUACUGAGGACAGCUGGAAAGAAAAGAAGAAGGAGAAGGAGAAGAACAAAAACAAGAAGAAAAAAAAGAGGCUCAGACUCUUCACUGUUAAAUAUUAAACAUCCAAGUGACUCAUUUUUAUAAUUUCAGUGCUUUCCUGUUGACUUUUUUUCAUAUAGUAAAUAUAUACUAUGUAAGGUCACUUGUUGCCUGAAACAUGUCCAGGCGUGGCUAACCAUGUAGAACUGCUUUCUAUUCUUUAUGAUUCUAUUUAAAGCUAAGAUUUGUCUAUUUUCAGAUUCUUUCAUAAUUCUGGUUAUGUACCUGAAUGUUUGUCUUAUCCACAGACCAAAUCUGAGCUACCAGAAAGAUGUCAGAGAUAGAGCUGCUCUUUCAUAAAUGGAACGUCUGUUUCCACCUAUUUGUUCCAAAGCCCCUAACCAUCUCAGGCUAUUUCUUGGAUGGUUGGCCUAUUCAAAAUGGAAAGGUUACCUCAGGACAAGAUUCAGUGGAGGAAGGUCUAAACUUUUGAGCUGUGCUAUAAUUCAGAUCCCCUCCCGAGUAUGUCUCCUUUCAUGAGAAAGUUCUCAUUCCAUGCAUUGUAUUUUUAAUAACAGAAAGGAAAAACAGUUGAUCUCCAUCUCACUUUUUAUUCAGUUGCCAGUAUUUCAGAGGGAAUCCAUGAUCUUUCUUUUGCAAUAUGUAACAGAAUGAUCAUCAUACCAAAUGUCUUCUCCCUCCCUGUCCCCUCCCUCCCAUCCCUUUUAUUUCUUCAUUGACUUCUUUCCAGAAUUAGCUGAGCCUGGUAAUUAAACCAAUGGAUUAAUGGAUUAAUUCAUCUCAGUGGUAACAUUUUCAAUAGCAUUCCACCCCCCCCCCACCCCCACCCCCAGGCCUGGCCAGUAUUCUUGUCAGUCUUUGAAGAGCAACAUCUAAUCUUCUGUACUAUGAUUUAGGUUACUAUGGAGGGGACUUAGAUGAUGGAGGCAAAGAGGGCCUUCUUUGUCUGAAGCAAUUGGUCUUAAGCCAGUGUUGAACAGAGUCCUCUAUAGGCUAGAGCUCUGGAAUCUUUAAGAAAAUAGUUUUAAGAUUUUGACAUAUAGAUUUCAUCCUCGUUAUUUUUUUUUCUUUCUUUUCUUUUAGAGAAAUGAAUGGGGAUGAAUUACUCUUUAGAGUUUGCAUAGAUUCAAAAUAAAACACAAAGAAACUUUAUCUUUUCUCCCAUUGGGAUGGCUUUCAAUAAAGUUUUUUGUUUUGUUUUUUGUGUUUUUUUUUUAAGUAGUUGUUCCAAUAUAUCUGCAUAUAUAACUUUGUAACUGAUUUGAUAACUCUAGUUUUUAUUCAAUGAACAAAGAAAGCUGUGAACUUGAUUUCUGUGUAUUUGGGAAUAUGACCAAAGGUACUUCUCAGCCCAAGGAGAACACCUAGGAUACAGGCAUAAAUAUACCUGGAGGACAACUCAAAUUCUCAUCUAAGACUUUUCUUUCCAAUCUACAAAUGAAGAAAAUUUCUGUUUUGCGACAAAAGAUGUAGUUAUCCAUGUAAUUUACUGAAAAAGACAUUCUGUUAACAUGAAGGUUUCUUUGAAUGACUUGCAGUGUGAUCUAAUGAUUUAGUCACUUGGAUACAGAUUUUGGAAAAGUGCCAAUUUUCUUUGUAGAUAUUUUAUACAUGGUAGGGAUAUUGUGGACAGAGGAGGAAUACAUAUAAGAAGUUGUGAAUAUAAAAAUAAAGCUUAGUUUAGUUAUAAAAAGAGAAGAUCCUUUGAAAACAGAACUAAUUAUUGUAUCUUUAAAACUAUUUUGGCUGUUUAAAUGCUAAUAUAUAACUUUUCUUGGAAGAGCAAAGAAAGGAAGUAAGUUUGGGACAUAUCUUGUCUGUUUGACAGCCUUCUUCAGUUUGCUUGAGGGUUGAAGAAGGGGGUAAUUUUUUAAAAAUAGGCAAACUUGAAGUGAUGGGGAUUCAAUGACCAGCCCUUCCAACUACCACAAUGUUUCACUUACCUGUGAACAUGGUAGCACAUAGAACAUAUAUAUAUAUUUUUUUUCAGUAUCUCAUGGUUUAUCUUAUUUCUUACUUUUAUAUUCAUUUAUCAGCUUCCACACUUACCCCAAUCAAUAACCAAAAUACAGUCCCUGUCUAGAGGGGCCAAGUUGACGUGUACUACCUAUGCUUGAACAAAGAACACAAAUAUACAUAUACAUUUUCUUUGGUUUUCAUUUAUCUUACUCUCAAUAUAGCUUGAGGAUAUAUGCUCCCCCCUUUUCUUUGGAUAAUGUUUAUGAAAAAUUCUAUGAAAAGUUAUUGGUGCUAUACACAAACUUCCUUUCUUUUUGGUGAUUUUCUCAUCAGUGUAUAAUAUUCUGAUAAGACAGAGAGUACAUGUAUAUCUGUCUUCUUAUACAUGUUCUUUGACAAUAGCAAAAGUGUAUAAAUGCAAGUUUGGAAAACAGUCAAAUCAGCAUGCCAGCAAAUAUGAAAAUAUUGUGUAUAGCAUUUUGAAAUGUUCAAUCCCUCAGAACUCAUUCUUUAUCUUGCUGAUGUAGCAUGAAAAGUUGAAAUUCUCAAUUUCUAGUUUUAUUAUGUUACUAAAAGUAUGAACUAAUUCAGAAAUGGGUUAUGCUUUUGUUCUGCUGUCUUGACACCUUCCAAUAAAUGAAAACAUCAUGGUAGGCAAACAGAUACCAGAAUUUCAAGCUUCAUUAGCUCUACUGCUUUGGUGAUCAAAUUGUUUGGUUGGUUUUUAUCAGCAAAUCUUCAAGAUUGUCUAGGAGAGAGCCCUUUGAUCUUUAUAAAGUCUUACUUCAUUUUUUUAUUUUUUAAACAGAAAACUUUGGUACCUCUAGAAACUUUGUUCGCUAUGGGAAACCAUCCUUGGAAUUAAGUGUCAACAGAUUUAAUGAUGUGAUGUGUGCUGCAAUUAAAAUAGUACACCUAAAGUAUUAUUAACAUUCAUAAGCGUAUACUACAAUUCUGCUAAGUUAUUAGGAAAUAAGGAUGCUAAGCUUCUCCUGUCAUUUCUUUGAAGCAUUGACUCAGUUAGCUGAAUUUCUAGAGACCCAUAGUAGGGAAUCAUCCCCAACUUUUAUUUGGUGGAGUUUGUACUAAUAUACUAUAUAUAAAAUGAAUACUAUGAAAAAUAAUGCCCCUUUAUAUGUAGGGUUUUUAAAAGCUGAUCAUGCUGCUAAAUAGGAUUAACCUUAAACAGGAGUACCUUACUGAAUUUAGAACUUUUAUUUCAUCAUUUGUUGAUGUUUAGUCAAAAUUAUCAGAAUUUAUCAUAAUUCAGCUGGUACUUGCACACAUCUCAGAUAUAUUAUUGAAUUAGAUUCAUGGAGGAUGUUUUACAUAUUGUUAACACUUUUGUGGAUUUUUUUUUAUUACUGUACAUGUUUGGGGAAAGUAGAAUACUGUGAAAUUUAUUAACAUUUGUAAAAGAUGUAUCUGACCAUCUUUUUCCCUUGGAAAAAUAUUUUUAUUUGUAUUUUUUACUUUCUUAAAAGUUUGUCAUUGUGUGCAGUUAUUUUUGUAUUACAGAAAGCAGAUGAUUUCAUCAAUACAUGACAGCAGAAAAAAGCAAAAAGUGUUUUGGCAAGCUUUAUACUGCUUAUGGUUAAAACUUCAUAUGGACCAGUAUCAUGUCAUUGAUUAUAUUAAGAAUAUAUGUAGUGUCUUAUUGUAAAUAUGACACAAGUCUAGAUUUCUCAGUUAUGUAAAUAAUAGCAAAGUUACAUUUUGAUGACUUAUUUUAUCUUCAUUUUAACCUUGAUGUAUGACUUUGCUGAAUCAGGAAAAAAAAAAACUAGCAUGGAUUUGAUUUUUGAUUUGAAAAUAUUGCCUUGGUUUUUCAUUUUCCAUUUGUUUUAUUUAAAUUUUUUUAGCUUGUCUAGGAGAUCCCUAGUUUGUGAGAAGUUGAUCUUCAGAAUUAUUUUUACACUAUUUAUGACCUAUUUUCAUAAUGUAAAAAGUGUGUAAUUAUUAAAAUAUUAAUCCAAA